AAUGUAGCCAACCUCGCAUUUCUUUCUCAUUCAAAACGUACAUAUUUCAACUAACAGGCAAUUAAUCAGACAAAUUAAGGCCGAUCGAUCAAGAUGAGUCAAACUUACGAGGAUUUCGAGCCAGCCAGCGAGUGGGUACGUGAGGAAGAUUGCGACACUCUUGUUGUCUAUCUGGGCGGUUUUAAGAAGGAGCAACUGAGGGCUCAAUUAACGACACCAAGAAACCUGGUUGUCAGCGGGGAACGGCCACUUGGAAAAAACAAAUGGAGGCGUUUUCAGAAAGUGGUCACCAUUUCAGAAAAUUGUGACACUGACAAAAUUACCGCAAAGUUUGAGGAUAGCGUACUGACUAUUAAACAGCCAAAACUGAUCACUCCAAAACAAAAACAAGAUCAAGAAAAGCCCAUCACUACUACUACUGCAUUAGCUCCAAAACCACCUCAAAAUCUCCAGCCGCCACAACCACAACCACCUCAAAACAAUGUUCAACAACCACAACCACAACCACCUCCACCUCCACCUCCUCCUCAAAAGAGUGUUCAACAACAACCUCAAGCUAGGAAUAUUGAUGAUCAAGAAGCUGCCUUCAAAAAGGCCGAUAUGGCUAACCAGGAAAAUGAGAAGACUGAUGAUGGGUUAGCAAAGCCUAAAACUGUUAAUGUUCCUGAUCAGAAGCUGCAGCAGGCACAAGAAAAGGACAAUAAUAUUGGCGAUGGAAAGAUUAGGUCAGAGAGGGAAAAGUCGUCGUCCUCCUUGUUGUCCUCUGAUGAUAAAAAUGUUGAUAAAGAGAAGGAAAAAAUUAGUCCUGAAAAAACAUCAAGUACUGAGAAACGUGAAGUUCUCAGUACUACUACACGCAAACAAGUUGAUGGUGGUCUAGAGAAUCCGCUGAAGAUACCAAAGCAGUUGAUGAACUUGGUUCUGGUUCUUCUAUGUGUUAUUGUACUAGGGCUUUAUUUUUCCAAUUCAAUUUGGUCCUACAAGAAACCUGAAAAUUGAAUUGUGUAAUUAAUGUACUUUGCUAACUAUCAUCAUCACGUUGUUUUCCAAUGAAAAAUAAAAAGUGAAUAAAGGGAGUUACAUGGUUUGAUCAA